AAGCAUCUCUGCUUUUUUGCUUCUCGAAUAUUUACUUUCUUCCUCUCUUUGCAAUCUCGCCGCACUUUCUUUCCUUUUUCCCCUCUCCUUCUCUCUGGAGCUCGAGAUUGGAAGUAGAAACCCCUGUGAGUUUUGUUAUUUUGUUAAAUUUGAUGUUUUUCUGUUUUUGUAGGGAUGACCAACUUGCUUUGAGCAGAAUUGGAAUUUGCAGGGAGUGAAAAGGAGGUUUUGUAGUUGAAAUGGGGAAAGGUUCAAAGAUCAAUUGCAAGUCAGCUUCACACAAGCUAUUCAAGGACAAGGCCAAGAACCGUGUGGAGGAUCUGCAAGGAAUGUUCAUGGAUCUGCAGUUUGCUAGGAAAGAGAGCCGCACUGUUGAUGUGGCUGUCCUCGAGGAGCAAGUUCACCAGAUGCUUCGUGAAUGGAAAGCUGAGCUCAAUGAGCCGUCUCCAGCUUCUUCUUUGCAACAAGGUGGAAGUCUUGGGUCGUUCUCAUCAGAUAUAUGUAGGUUGUUGCAGCUCUGUGAAGAACAAGAUGAUGCCACUAGUGCAUUAGCUGCGCCAAAGCCUGAGCCUAAUGAUCAGAGCUUGCAAAUUGGGAACAAUGUGGUCUUUCAGGAGGGACAACAGGAUCACAGUUUCCCAUUUGUUGAUCAAUGUAAAGGCUCUCCUACAGGAGUUCACAGCAUGGUGGUUAACAACUUAGAAGGAGCUGGUAACUUGGACUAUCAUCAGUAUGAUUUAUCUCAAAAUUUUGAAUCGAACUUCUAUGCUGGUUUUGAUAGCACAGACUUGUGUGUGGAGGGUGGUGCGCCUCAUGUUUCUGGCUAUCUGCCGAGUAUAUGUCCCCCACCUUCAGCUUUCCUGGGCCCAAAAUGUGCACUUUGGGACUGUCCAAGGCCUGCUCAAGGAGGGUUGGACUGGUGUCAGGAUUAUUGCAGUAGCUUUCACCAUGCCCUUGCAUUAAAUGAAGGUCCACCUGGAAUGGGUCCUGUUCUUCGACCUGGGGGCAUUGGCCUGAAGGAUGCUCUUCUUUUUGCUGCUCUAAGUGCAAAGGCACAAGGAAAAGAUGUUGGAAUUCCAGAAUGUGAGGGAGCUGCAACUGCAAAGUCCCCAUGGAAUGCACCAGAGCUCUUUGAUCUUUCGGUUCUUGAGGGUGAAACAAUUAGGGAAUGGCUUUUUUUUGAUAAGCCACGUAGGGCUUUUGAGAGUGGGAAUAGAAAGCAAAGGUCAUUGCCAGAUUACAGUGGGCGUGGAUGGCAUGAGUCAAGGAAGCAAGUGAUGAAUGAAUUUGGAGGGCUGAAGAGAUCCUAUUAUAUGGAUCCACAACCACUGAACAAUUUUGAAUGGCAUCUUUAUGAAUAUGAGAUCAACAAGUGUGAUGCUUGUGCUUUGUAUAGAUUGGAACUGAAAGCUGUUGAUGGAAAGAAGGGUAUGAAGGGUAAAAUAACAAAUGAAUCAGUUGUUGAUCUGCAGAAGCAAAUGGGUAGACUCACUGCUGAGUUUCCCUCUGACAACAAGCGCUGUGUUAAAGGAAGAACCAAAGUGAAUGCUAAGGUUGGUGUCGGAAGUGUUUAUUCAGCUACAAAUCGGGUGGCACCAACAAACGAAACAUUUGAUUAUGAGCUAGGUCCACCAUACAAUUAUCUCGUUGAGAAUCUAGGUGACUAUUAUGUGAAUUGAAGGACCAUUGUUUCCCGUGCGGAACAAUCAACAAUUGUCUAGUUACAUUAGCUGAGGCAAUUUUGUCUUAUUAUUGGUGGGUUCGUCUUCAGUUUUUCAUCGUCAAUAACAUGAAUUGAAGCUCUUUUUCGGCUGUGAAUUGUGCAUAGUUCGUUUUCACAUUGGAGUGCUGUCUGCAUUGCUACUGCUGUAGAUGCUGGAGCAUAUUCUUAACCCGAAGAUGAAGAAAAAUGGCUAUUUUUCAUCAAUCCAUUUUUUAACAAGUAUGGUAGGUGAAUACUGGAAACCAAUUCAUGUUAAGUGGUGGAUGCAAAUUAUAGCAAAACUAUUUUACUGACAUGUUUGGCGUUUCAAGGCUUUAUACUAAUUCUCUAGUAUGUUGCUAAUGGGAGAUAUGAUCUUAAUAUGUAACUUCCUUUCUUCCAAGUAUACAAUCUCAUCUGUUAGAUUGUCAGACUAGAGUUUCUGAGUUGGCUUGCUCAGGAAUUUGUAAAUAAUUAUUAUAUCGAAUUUUAGCAGAUAUUAUUUGCAA